UCACACACAUGACAUCCUGUGUAUCCAUAAACACUGGAUUAAGGAGGAGCUAAGGGUUUCCGAAGAUGAUGACAAGUAGGAAAUGCUGGCAUAGCCCAAAGGUAGUCUUCUGGGGACUUCUGAGAGCUCCACUGGCACCCACGGGCUGGCCCACAGGGACAGCAUUGGCAGCAACGUCAUGAUAUCACAGCACAUCCCCAGUGAGGCUGUUGUGGUCCUCACACCAAAUGACAUCAAGCUCCCCGAACCAGAGAAACCCAAACCCACCAGGCCAGGACAGGAUAGCCUGGUGAAACAGCUAAUGACAGAGAUCAAAGUUCUUGGGACUAUCCAGAUUGUGUGCGGGUUGAUGGUGUUGAGCUUGGGACUCAUUUUUGUGUCUUCCUCCUCUCCUCAAUUCACUCCAGCGUAUUCCACCCUGUUGAAGUCUACUUACCCGUUCUUAGGAGCCUUCUGUUUUGUCAUCUCUGGAUUUUUAUCAAUCAUCACAGAGAAAAAAUCAGUUAAGACUUUGGUUCAGAGCAGCUUGGCCACAAAUUUUCUGAGCUGUUUAUUUGCUGUGGUGGGUUUCAUUCUUCUCUCUAUGGGCCUGGUUGCUUUGGGCCAUGCCUCACGGCAGUGUGACUUGGACAAAGAGGUUAUGCCAUCCUUACGGUAUAAUCGUGUCUAUGAUCCUUCCACAGACAUGGGCAUGGCAUGCUUCAUGGCCACCACCAUUGUGACUGGACUGAUGUCUAUAAUGCUGAUUUUCACUGUGCUGGAGUUCAGUCUGGCUGUGCUUGGUGUUGUGCUUUGGUGGAAACAGGCUUGCUCUAACUUCCUUGGCGUGGACAUGAAUAAACCCAAGAUGCCGUCCAAAAUGACUUCUGGUGGUAGAUAUGAAGAACUUUGACUCCUUAGAAAAAAAUGGGAAAAUAUUUGCUAGAAAAUUGAUCUUUAUUAUAAUAUAUGAUGUCCAACCAUUACAAGAAAGCAAAGUUUGAGUUCCCAGAAAUGUAGGCAUUUUUUUAAUGUCAUGAACAUUAAAAACAAAACAAACAAACAAAAAAAACCACUUGUUUUC